GUUAUUCAGUUCAAAACUCUCUCACCGCUCCACUGCGACUCUGCGUUCACUUUAUUGCAAAACUACAUCUUUAUUGCGAAACUACAUCAUCUUGGUUCAGCUUCCCCUUCCUGGGUAUGUUCUGUUUUUCUCAAAGAUUGUUGAUUUUUCCCCCUCAGGAGUAGAAUUUCAUAGUCCGAUCAAAACCUUUUAAUUUUUCUUCUGUAUUUGUAUGGUAAGGUAGAAACUAGGAGGAAAAUCAUGGAAGUACUAUUGAAUGCAUUCCCUAGCCGAACUUACUUAAAUCCCAUCAUUAUCAAUCCGAGAACGGCUCAUAAACUUCCAUUAGUAAGAUUAGGAAAUGGGUUUUCUAGGAGAAAACUUGAGCUGUGUUUUCGUGUGAGAAAUUUUGUUGAUUUGGGUAAAGACGAUAGUGUUAGUAUUGGCAGUGUUUUUAAGGAUUAUAAAAGAGAAGACUGGGAAUUGGAGUUUCUUGGGGAGAUUGACCCAAUGGGGUCUCAACCAACAAAGAAGAGAAAAAAGGAGGGGAAGUCGAAGUUGCUUGAAGACACUGAAGGGAUGGAUUGGUGUUUUAGGGCUAGGAAAAUGGCACUAAAAUCCAUUGAGGCUAGGGGAUUGGCUCAAAAAAUGGAAGAUUUGGUAAUUGUGAAGGAGAAGAAAAAGAAGAACAAGCAAAAGUUGGCCAAAAAAGAUAAGGUUAAUAAGAAGAGCACGACAAUGGAAGAGGAUUCAGAUUUGGAUUUUGAUUCAGAGGAAGAUAUUGAAUUGGAAGAUUUGGAUGGCACUGUCGAUGAUGGUACCAGUCAGCUUAGAGAGCAGGUGAGUAUGAUUGGAGGUGGGAUGUUUUUGGAAAGAAAGGAGAAAACAAUGGAAGAGUUUGUUCGGAGGCUAUCUCAAUUCUCAGGGCCAUCUGAUCGAAGGAAAGAAAUUAACUUGAACAAGGCUAUUGUUGAAGCACAGACUGCAGAAGAAGUGCUGGAGGUUGCUGCUGAGAUGAUCAUGGCUGUUGGAAAAGGAUUGAAUCCUAACCCUCUUUCCCCUUUGAACAUUGCCACAUCACUUCAUAGAAUUGCUAAGAACAUGGAGAAAGUCUCCAUGACAAAAACUCGUAGGUUGGCAUUUGCCCGACAGAGGGAGAUGUCUAUGCUUGUCAGUAUUGCAAUGACAGCAUUACCAGAAUGCUCAGCUCAAGGCAUUUCAAAUAUUGCUUGGGCACUUUCCAAGAUUGGAGGGGAGCUCCUUUAUCUGUCAGAAAUGGACAGAGUUGCCGAGGUGGCCUUGACCAAGGUUGGAGAGUUCAAUUCUCAGAAUGUUGCUAACAUUGCUGGUGCUUUUGCAACAAUGCAGCACUCUGCUUCUGAUCUGUUUUCUGAACUAGCAAAAAGAGCUUCUGAUGUAAUACAUACUUUUCAAGAGCAGGAGCUUGCUCAGGUGCUGUGGGCUUUUGCUUCUCUUUAUGAGGCUGCUGACCCUUUGCUUGAAGCACUGGAUAAAGUUUUCAAGGAUGAGGAUCAAUUUAAGUACUGUUCAAAUCGUGAAAUGCUUGAUUGGGAUAAAGAGAGCAGUGUGAAAUGUAUUAGAAAUAUUAACUUGGAAAAAGAUUCAAGUUCUCCAGUGCUCAGUUUUAACAGGGAUCAGCUUGGGAAUUUAGCUUGGUCAUAUGCUGUUCUUGGACAGAUAGACCGCAUUUUCUUCCAUCAUGUGUGGAAAACUAUGAGCAAAUUUGAAGAGCAAAGGAUUUCAGAGCAGUAUAGAGAGGAUAUCAUGUUUGCUUCACAGGUUAAUCUGGUGAAUCAGUGCUUAAAGCUCGAGUACCCACAUCUUCAUCUAUCUAUCCAGGGUGACCUUGAGGAGAAAAUUGCUUGUGCAGGAAAAACUAAGAGGUUUAAUCAGAAAAUCACCUCAUCUUUUCAGAAGGAAGUGGCCCGUCUCCUUAUUAGCACUGGCCUUGAUUGGAUUAGAGAAUAUCCUGUGGAUGGGUAUACUGUUGAUGCUGUUUUGGUUGAUAAGAAGGUUGCCUUGGAGAUUGAUGGGCCAACUCAUUUUUCAAGGAACACUGGGGUACCUUUAGGGCAUACCAUGCUGAAACGCCGUUACAUUUCUGCUGCUGGUUGGAAUGUGGUGUCAUUGUCUAAUCAAGAGCUUACUGAAACGUGUGUUAAGAAGAGUCUACUUGGGGCUUUUAUUACAGUCUCAUAUGCAUGUUAAUGCUUAGAAGUGGAUGUUUGAUGUAAAUAACACGAGGACUGGUGAAUCCCUUUUAAUAAUGCUUAUUAUUUUGUUCAUGAAUGCCAACAAUUCCUUGCACGAUGCAUAGAGUUGUUUGGAACUAUUCUCUAUUAAUAUUGCCCGCUGCUUUGCUCAUUGCUUCAAAUGCUGAUGACAUGGUUCCCUUUCUCCUUUUUAUCUCAUGUUUUGUAGUGGGAGGACCUUCAAGGGGGUUUUGAGCAGCUAGACUACCUAAGGGAGAUCCUCAAAGAUCACCUUGGUGAAGGAGGCAGCAAUAUUAAUUUUAUGAGGAACGAGAAGUGAAGAGCUUUGAUAAAUGUGGAAAAGAAGGAUAAUAUUGUUUUAAGCAGUGGAUUAUUCGAGAUAUUCAUCAGUGAAAUUGAUUGGUUACAUAUACCCCAAGUUCAGGUCACCGGCAUGUUGUGCAGGCCACUUUCUACUCUUGCUGAUGAAAAGAUCUUCAAUAACAGGAGUUUAGCUAAAUCCAUAUCAUGGAGAAAAAAAUGGUAUAAAAUUAAGAUGUUUUAACAAUUAAAAUAUUAUGAAUAAUAUGAAAAGAUUUAAUAAAGAUAAUUAAAUAAU